UCCACCACUUAGAAAGGUCGUAAACUUUGCGAUAAGUUUACGACGUCUUAAAAGAAAAGACACGUUCCCGUCGCCGAUUGAGUUGCCUUAUAAUAUUAUCGCUAAGGUGACGAUUUAACUGUCUUACUAUCUCUUUAUCCCAGUAAACUUCAUGGGUAACCAACAAGACAAGCUUGGGAAAUUUCUAGAGGGUCAGAAGACUUGAUGAUUCAGAGAUUUGAUGAGCGGUUUGUAAUACUGUGAAACAGUGUGUUCUUAUCAUCAAAGAACGAGGAACCAAACCGAUGAAAUCCAGCUCCUCGCUAAAUCAAGAUAAGGCUACUACCUCUUGUUCACCCGGUUACUCAUUGUCGCACAUAAACCUGGAAACCUGGUGGCACGCCAACACACAUAUGCAAACCUGUUAACAUUAUUCAUCGCACCAGCGAGGCCGCCCACAGGAAAACUCUUCCAACCGUCGAGCCAGUAAACACGCCUACACGGCGGACUCUUCUAUCCGUCGCGCCAGUGAACCGUCUACACGACAGACUCUUCUAUCCGUCCCGCUAGUGAACCGUCUACACGACGGCGGACUCUUCCAUCCGUCCCGCCAGUGAAAACGUCUACACGGCAGACUCUUCUAUCUGUCGCUCCAGUAAACACGUCUACACGGCAGACUCUUCCAUCCGUCGCGUCAGUAAACACGUCUACACGGCAGACUCUUCUAUCUGUCGCUCCAGUGAACCGUCUACACGACGGCGGACUCUUCCAUCCGUCCCGCCAGUGAACACGUCUACACGGCAGACUCUUCUAUCUGUCGCUCCAGUAAACACGUCUACACGGCAGACUCUUCCAUCCGUCGCGUCAGUAAACACGUCUACACGGCAGACUCUUCUAUCUGUCGCUCCAGUAAACACGUCUACACGGCAGACUCUUCCAUCCAUCGCGUCAGUAAACACGUCUACACGGCAGGCUCUUCUAUCUGUCGCUCCAGUGAACCGUCUACACGACGGCGGACUCUUCUAUCCGUCGCGCCAGUGAACACGUCUACGGCGGCGGAUUUUUCUAUCCGUCGCGCCAAUAAACCCGUCUACCAGUCUCUUUUAUCCGUCGCGCCGGUGAACUCGUCUUCACGGUUCCAUUUAUCGUACCUAGAUAAUUAGCGCUAUGGACACUUCUAUGCAUCGCACAAGUGACCCUAUUUGCUCGAUGGACUCAUCUAUUUAUCGAACUAGUGAACCUUGCAACGGUUUAGAUGUUCCGAAACAUCCCACAAUUGAACACAUUCACACGAUGGAUGACACCAUAGUUUCCGUGGAUGGACCUUCUGACAGCGAAGACACCUCCAAACGUGAAGAAAAUUACUCCGUUGAAACGUUUAAAACGCCUUCAUGCAACGAAAGCAAUUCGGUUAAAACGAUAGUCACAGCUAUACAUUACUCGAGCGGGUCUGUUAGAAUGAUGAGCAGGGCUGGUCUCGCCACAAAUGAGACUAAUCUGACGACCGACACACCUAUAUACCGCAUAAGUGAGCGUGACUCUGCUAAUCACGGUAGUGCGGACACUAUUGCUAACACCACUAUGGAAAAUAUUGGCAGUGCGGACAUCACUGCUAACACGACUAUCGAGCAUUUUGGCAGUGCGGACACGGCUAGUCACAACACAAACGAAGAUAUUGGCAGUGCGGACAGGGCUAGUCACAUUACAAGCGAGUAUAUUGGCAGUACGGACACAGCUAGUCACAUUACAAUCGAGCAUAUUGGCAGUGCGGACACGGCUAGUCACAUUACAAGCGAGCAUAUUGGCAGUGCGGACACGGCUAGCCACAUUACAAGCGAGCAUAUUGGCAGUGCGGACACGGCUAGUCACAUUACAAGCGAGCAUAUUGGCAGUGCGGACACGGCUAGCCACAUUACAAGCGAGCAUAUUGGCAGUGCGGACACGGCUAGUCACAUUACAAGCGAGCAUAUUGGCAGUGCGGACACGGCUAGCCACAUUACAAGCGAGCAUAUUGGCAGUGCGGACACGGCUAGUCACAUUACAAGCGAGCAUAUUGGCAGUGCGGACACGGCUAGUCACAUUACAAGCGAGUAUAUUGGCACUACGGACAAGCUUCUUUUAGUCCCAAAACACACAAAGAAACACCGUGUAACCCCAGCAACGCUGUCCCCUAAAAAAACCAAGAAACAAAGCAACAUUACAAGCCCGCCAGUUGCAUACAAUCUGUACGUAGCCGGAAGAAACAAAGUUGGCGCAAAAGGCUUCUCAAAGCGAUCGGUAAUACGUCCGUGGUACGACUUAAGGGGGAAAAGACUCGUGGUAAAAUUAGCUCUUUUGAUUGCUUACGUAUUGGUGAUCAUCGUUACCACCCCGUUUCUUGUCAUUGCUCUAAUGAUUUGCUGUGUGAGCUAUUUUACUCCAGACGAUGAAGAGGUAGUUGCGGCUAUGAGAAAAAAGACACCAGGAAAGGCUCCCGUUUGAAUUAGAAUUAUUAAGCCCCAUGAAAACAGCCCAAACAUGAGUCAGCAUUGCUGGCGAUGCCCGCUUGACUGAUAAUAGGGCGCGCGUUUUAGCAAGGGCGACGGCAAAGAGAACCAGACGGCAGAAAACAAUAGAAAAUUCAUGACGUAAAAACACAAAAAGUUUUAAAGAAUGUCAAUCAACCACUCCUGUGCUAUUGUUUCUCAUUGAAAAUACAGCGGUUUAUUCGCGAGGAAAUUCCAAAAUAACAAUCUACGAAUGAAGUUUGAUAUGUUAUUGACGAUAUUUGAUGGAAAAUAUCUUGGUUUCUUGCUUGGAUUAGCCGAUAGAUGUGGAUGCUUUGUGUGACUCGCCAUUGAGCAGGAGCAUAGAAUGGCGGCGUGAUAAGCCUUUAAUGUCUGUCGAGGAAGGUGCGACUAUUUUGGAACUAUCUUUUCAUUGCAGAAACAAGCUUAGAAUUAAGCGCUUCUAGCGAGGUACUUUUUUCGGUCGCAUUUUCCUAGCCGUCGCCCAUGCUAAGACUCUAGACAUCACGAUUUAAGUUGUAUGCGACACUUCUACAACUCGAGUCGUAGAGGGAGAAUCAACGCUGUUUGGCAGAGUAGUAAGAGAGGCGGGCAAAGAUGUCUGAAAGAAGAGAGGUGUGUUAUA